CACAGAGUUUUGGGGAGUGCUUAUAAUCAACAUAUUAUUGAAGGUGCUGCUCAGUUAUUGAUCCAGUAUUUCGAGGUGUAGUUCAAUUUCACCUCCUGUAAACCUUCACCCUAAUUUCCCCGCUCCGAGCUUGGCGGAGAACAGGUCGUAAAAUGCCGAAGAGAAAGUCUCCCGAAGGUGCUGAGGGCAAAGACGCCUCUAAAGUCACAAAACAAGAGCCCACCAGAAGGUCAGAGAGAUUGUCAGCGAAACCUGCUCCUCCCAAACCUGAGGCCAAACCCAAGAAGGCUGUCGUCAAGAAGGUUGCAGAUGAAAAGGGGGCAAAGGCAAAGAAAGGUGGCGCCAAGGGCAAGAAGGAAGACGGUCCCGCCCAGAACGGAGAGACUAAGACCAAUGAGAUCUUUGUGUCCCGUCCAUGUGUCAGUGUGUCCUCCAUCCGAAGCAUGGCCCCCUCCUUGAUGUCAGUCAGGGGCCAGAGUGAGACAGUCCGAGUGAAGGGCAACUGACGCAGCAGAGGAGGCGACUGACGAGAAGGCGUAGAGACACUGACGUUCUCACCCCCCUCCGACUUCAUGGCAGCAAAACGUUAAUUUUUUUUUUAUUACUGAUGAUUUUUGUACCAUGCUCAUAUUUUUAGACUAGAUAGAUAUUAGAGACCAACAACCAGCAGCUCCACUCCACACCACAUUAUUUCCUGUAAGCUUUGAGUUUGGCUGGACUCUCCUCCCGUCACUGUUUUUAGAUCACAGUAGAACCAAAAGGUACAAUGAGGUGGUUUUAGCAGACAGCUGCACAUGUUCUUUUGUUAAAUCCUGCAAGGAGCCAUAAAUGUGACUGUUAUGCUCUUUAAACCAGCUCUGCUUUUACCUGUAAUCACUUCACAAACGAUGGAUGAUCGUUAUUGGCGUUGUGCCAUUAAUGAGAAGAUGCUCGUCGUCCCCCCCUCCCCCCACAUCCGAAGGCGAGCAUGUAUCAACCAUGCAGAGCCCAGCUCCGCAAACGCCAUGAGGAACAUGUGCAGCUUUUUAAAGACUCCUAAGUUUUAAAAUCACCACUGUUUUCCCACAAAGCUCCUUUUGUCUCUUUGUGCAAUUGUUUGUGUGUCUGUUUGAUUCCCCCCCCCCUCUCUGAACGCCUUGUCCUGCAGCAGAGUGACAUAGCAAUAACGAGUGGUGCUUCUGUUCUAGAUGGCUCUAUUGGCUUUGGACCCUUUUUGAGUUUCAUCUUGUUAGGAGAAUAUUUUGAAAUAAAAUAAAAACCUUGUGUCAUA